UUUACAGAGCCAUCAUUUUAUCCCCAACUGUGCAAGUGGAAUAAUGCGUAAUAGGAUAUGACACUACCUGUCUCUUCCUGUUCGUCGAGUUGGUGCAGGGAACCUUAUUUAAAACAACUUAAAUGCACUUUCGAUGAGGUCCAUCCUAACUCCUCCAAUCGAUCAUGCUACAGCUCCCUGACCUGCGCAUUUCUGAUAACAUGUCGCUCACCCUCGGUGUUGCGGCUUGUGUUGGAGUAAUAGGAACGAUUGUUUGGGUUUACCUUCGUAAAUCAGAUAGCCGCCUUCCUCUCCCACCUUCUCCUCCAACUUGGAGAGUUCGGGGACACUUCCUGCUCCCUCACGAGCCAUUUCUUACUGUGGCGCGGUGGAUUGACGAGUAUGGCCCUCUGAUCACUAUCCGCUCAGGAAUGCAGAACAUGGUGAUCAUCGGCCGCUACAAAGCCGCAGUGGAUAUAAUGGAGAAGCAGGGUAGAACGCUAGCUGAUCGACCUCGCGCGGUUGCUGGUGGAGAAAUUAUUACACGCGGACUGGACCUCGCUUUCUGCCAUGUUGGGGACAGGCUCCGUCGGCUGCGUAGAGUACUCCAUACGCAUCUCCAGCCCAAAUCAGCCGAGAUGUAUCAACCUCUGCAGAUGUCGCAAGCGGGAGCCGUAAUCCUCAACAUUCUUGACGAUCCAAGCAACUUUCAGAACCAUGCGAUAACUUAUGCCGCAGCGACGAUCCUGAAAGUUGCAUAUGGGAAGACCUCGCCGACAUCGGCAGCUGACCCCGAAGUUAGGGAGGCUCGCCGCCUCAUGUCCCGACUUCGUGUAGUCAUGCGCCCCGGUGCUUACUGGGUAGAAUCGAUACCGUGGCUCAAAUACCUUCCUUGGUAUGCGCCAGAAUUAAGAGAUGACUUUAAGAGGGUUAGGAAACUCCACACAGACCAGCUGACUCGUGUAAAACUGCACAUGCAGAGGAAUGAGGAUAUUGGCCCUUCGUUUUCGAGAUACAUUCUAGAAAAUGGCCAUCUCUACGACUUGACAGAGAUGGAGAUGGCAUAUCUUUGUGGCUCCUUUUUUGGAGCUGGAACCGAAACAACUGCUACAGCGAUAUGCACGGUGCUAAUGGCAGCUGCACAUUUCCCUGAAGAGCAAGCCAAAGUACAGGCCGAGCUUGAUGCAGUCAUCGGACGAGAGCGAGCACCGACUUUCGCCGAUAAACCAUCCCUUCCUCAUCUGGAGGCCUUUAUCUCUGAGGUUUCGAGAUGGAGACCGUUGGCUCCUUUUGGUGAGUUUCUGGAUGGUCGGUCCUGUGCUGACGUUCACACAGUCCAUCCCACAGGAUUCCCUCACCGAACUACUGAAGACGUCAUUUGGGAAAACUAUUGCAUUCCCGCUGGAACUACGGUGUUCGGAAACCACUGGGCCAUCUCUCGAGAUCCAGAAGUAUAUCCCGAGCCUGGUGCGUUCAAGCCCCAGCGCUGGAUUGACGAGCAAGGUCGCUUGAGAGACGAUCUCACAUUCUUUGUAUAUGGGUUUGGUCGGCGGGUAUGCCCAGGUCAACACGUUGCGAACAGAUCGGUGUUCAUAAAUUCGCUUCUUAUUCUUUGGGCCUUUCAGCUCAGUCUGGAUCCUACGAAGCCACAGGAUGACAUGGGGUUCACAAACACAUCUAUGCCAAACGUCCCAUGCGCUAUUGAAUUUCAGGCGAGGGUUCCAGAAGUGGAGCUUAGGCGUAUGAUGCAGAACUAUCCUGGGGCUGGGUGAGAAGCCUUGACGCCUGGGUUGGAUUGUCACUAUCGGACCGGGGACAAAUCAUCAUAUCGUUAUCACACUUCAAUUUGGCUCCAAGUUUGACUUGUAACUUUUUCGCGAAUUUAUUUGUUAACGUCCGGCUCACUUUGAGUAUCCUCAUCCAAGUCGAUUUCUAUUGGGGCAUGUGCUGCAC